GGAUCAUUUGAGUAAAAUCACAUGUUUAGCCUGCUGUUGCUAAACCCUUGACUUCGCGAAUCGAUUCCCGACCUUCCGAUCCAUUUCCGACGAAAACCGUUUCCCGAUAGUUGGAAUUGAGAAAAAACCCUUGUUACGGUUUGGGGAAAAGGGAGGAUUUUUAGAUCAUUGAUUUUUUUAGUAGUAGGAAAGAGAUGGCGUGUAGAGGGAAGGAGAUGAUGAAGAAGGUGAUGAAGGUGGUGGGAGAGGAGAAUUUGGCACCUGGGCUCAAAGAGAAGCUCAAGAAUUGCGUUCCCGACAGAAAAAUCGUGUUGAACAGAGCCUAACGCGGCCUCUUCGCCGGCCGUCAUAUCCAGUUCGGCAACCGUGUCAGCGAGGAUGGUGGCGACAAGUCAAGGAGAUGCUGGAAACCGUACGUACAGGAGAAACGGCUCUUCAGCUACAUAUUCGACAGCCAUAUCCGGGUGAAAGUCACGACCCAUGCUCUCCGUUGCAUAGACAAAGCCGGUGGGAUAGACGAGUACUUGCUGAAAACGCCGUACCGUAAGAUGGACACAGAGAUGGGUCUGAAGUGGAAAGCCAAGGUGGAGAAGAUGUACGAGGAGCUCGGUCAGAUGGAGGCGGUUUUCUUCACUCCAGAGGACGAAGCCAAGUUCGAACAGGGGUUCAAAGACUUGAAGCUGGCCAAGAAGGAGGCUCGUGGGGAAGCCAGGAGGAAGAUGUACGGACGGAGAGGCGGGCGAGAGAAAGAAACAGAUGGGAAUUCUCUGGAAGAAGGGUCAGGAUCAAACCAAGAUGAUCACGGCUGGCUAGCAGCUGAUGCCUAA